GGGGGGGGGGUAAGGGGACUCUGGAAAUGGGUUGGAGGAGGGUAGCAACAGAAAAGGGCAGAGGUGAUAAGGAGAGAACGGAUGAAGGCGGAGCGGAGAAACCACCAAGAAGGCAAGGUAGAGACGGGGGGCGCGUUAAUAGCCCUUGGUGGCCAAUGUUUGUCGCGAAUCGAGAUGACAAGAGGCAGCGCCACCGCCCUCUUCUAAGACAAGAUGGCGGAACUUGGAAGUCGAGAGCAGAAGGCGAACACGGGCGGGCGGCCAAGGCGGUCGGUUGGUCCAGUCAGAUCAAUCAGUCGCGAGCCCAACGAGUUCUGGCACGUCGUCUGGAUGAGAGCAGCGAAAAGGAUGACGGGAGGGUGAGUGAAUAUGCGGGGUUUCAGCGGCGGCAGCAGCAGUAGUAGUAGAAAGAGCAGCAACAGCGGCAGCAGCCCGUUGCUCGGAUCGAAUCGACGUUGAGCCCCUCAGUAAUUAUGAUAAUGAAGGGAGAGAAGAUGGCAGAGCCGGCUAGCUAACAGUAGGUAGGCGUUCGCAACUCUGACUUAACAUUAGGUAGGCUCUCUGUUGGUCUGGUUCACAAAGGCUUGCAAGAAAAACCCCGGAGACGGAUCCUUGCGUCAAGGCUGAAUGCCAAUGGGUCCCCCCCAGUCGUCGAGACUCGAAAGUGCCUUAGUUAGGCGGUGCUGAUUUGGCCUAGGACUUGAACGAUCAAGUCCGAUUUCGUUGCUUUUUCGGAAUCAUCGGCGGUUCCACGCACUUCUGUCCCCUUAGCUCGUCUGCUUUACGGCGAGAGAAAGAACGUCGGCUGGAGUGGCAGUCUGACGAAGCUGACGAACAGAAGCCUCUUGAGAUUCGUCACCGGAUAGGGCUAUGCUAUGUCGAAUAGCUAGGUACUCGGACAGCUU